AGCCUUCCUGCCAGAGAAUCCGUAUAACGGCUGAAGAGGGAUGAAUCAUAAACUUCUCCCAUCUUUGACAAACGCAAUAAUUUUCAAAGCGAAAGGAAAAAGAGAAAACGUAAAGGGGGCAAAGGAAGGAGCCCUACUUCUUCUACAUCUUCUUCUUCUUCUUCGUGAAGAAGCUGUUGCAGCCUCAUAAAGAAAGGAAACGACUUUUGUUUAAAUCUUAUCAUCAUCAUCAUCAGGAUCAUUGAAAUUCUCAAGCUUCCAGAUCUAUCGGGAGCUGAUCCUUGGUUUAAUAAAUCGUUUUUUUUUUUACUUCAAUCGAUGGGAGCAGUGGCUGCGUGGCUUGCUACAGAGAACCCAGACCAACUGAAACUCCUCUAAAGGAUCCACCUUUCAAUCCCAUAGCUCAGACUGUUAAUAAACCGAGCGUCUCUGAAGAUCUCUGGUCAACUAGCACGGUUGAUAUGGACAACAUCACCUUCCCUUCCCAGGGAGGGAGCGUAUCAUCGUCAAACCAGACUUUUGAUUCUCAAUCUGUUGCCAGAAACUCAAAUCCACCUCCUGAGUUUGUAAACCAAGGGCUUCUUCUUUGGAAUCAGACAAGGGAGCGUUGGGUGGGCAAGGAAAGAGCUGGUAAUCGCAAUCACGGAUCAAAGAUAAAUUGGAACACAGCAUCGUAUGAGAGCUUGCUGGGGAGCAACAAGCUAUUUCCCCAACCCAUUCCUCUCAAUGAAAUGGUGGAUUUUCUAGUGGAGGUUUGGGAACAAGAUGGUCUGUAUGAUUGAUGAACGAGACACACACAUACAAAUUGGUUCGGACAUUUCUGAUUUUUGUUUAGUUUGAUUUCUGAAUCCCUUGUUGUGACCCCAUCUUCCAUUUGGAAUUGAUCGAGAAAACUGGGAAAUGUGCUCAUACGUUUUCACCGUAAAUGCAAAAAAUAUAUAUUGUACC